CGAGGAGGAGAGCAGAGCAGCUGUCCAGCUUUAACAGCGCUGAGAGCUCAGUCUGAAGUUCCCUCCAGAGCAAACGGCCCUAAGUUUGGGUUGCUCGUUAUCAACUUGGCCCAAGAUACAGGCUAACAGGAAAAAAUGCUGGAGCGCUGGACCUGGCUACCAGUUUAAGAGCAUAGAGCUAAGAGACAAUCAUCAAUCAUGUCUGAUGAGGAGCAGCCAAUGGAAAUUGAUACUGAUGAUGAUGCCACUACACACACAUCGUUUAGUUUUUACCCAAGUCUGCCCCAGGUCUGUUCUCAAGAGCAAACACCCAAGAGAGAACUGCUGCCCCCCCUUCUAUCAUUUUCCGGAUAUUUUAGAAAAUCUCCUCCUGUAAGGGGCAAGAAAAGGCUUGCCCCCUAUGAGGUGGCCAGCACCAGGACAGUAUCCAUGCAGUUCUACCUCAUGAACAAGAAUGUGGAAAGGACACCUAAACCAGCAGAAGAACUGUCACUUCUCCUAGCGGGCAUGGGGAGACGCACAGUCAGACUCCCAGAAAGCGCAGACCACUCUGAGGUUACAAGACUUCUUGCUGAACAUUACCCAAAACUUUCCAGCUUAUCAGGAGGGUGGCUUCUGUACAAGGCCCUCGGUGGAUCAGGACAACGGAAACUUACAGUUGUUCCUCCGGAAGCUGCAGGUUAUAAUACUCGGUAUUUAAGAUCUGUGAGUGGAGGGGGGAAGAGCACACUGUACAUAGUUCCUCUCCAGGAGCAACUUGAUACAUCUCCUCUUCCUGUGGGUGAACAUGAAUUCCAGAAGAUGCCAAAGACGACCUGCCAAGCCUGUGGGCUGUCUAUGCCACUGCAGGUCAUGGCUGUGCACGUCAAGUCAUGCUGCAUUGACAGAUCAUCCGCGGAAAAUGACACGGAUAAUCAUAUAAAGUCUCCUGCUGAUGUGUCUGCUGAGUUCCUCUCAGUGAAAUCCUCAGCGGCAACUACUACGAGCAUAUCCAGUACUGAGGCUCCAUGUCCAAUCUGUCAAAGAAAUUUUCCACGGCAUUAUUUACAAAUCCAUGCCAGCUUGUGUUGUGACAGGGCAGAGGAAGCACCUGUAAGCACAAAAGAAGAUUCUAAACCAAUAAACAGUGGAAUUGAGAGGUCAUCCACAGAGAACAACACGGAUAAUUACAUAAAGCCUUCUGAUGUGUCUACAGUGGCAGCCAAUAGUACAAGUAAAUCCAGCACUGAGGCUGCAUGUCCAAUCUGUCAAAGAAAUUUUCCACUGGAUUAUUUACAAAUCCAUGCCAGCUUGUGUUGUGACAGGGCGGAGGAAGCACCUUUCAGCAAAAAAGAAGAUUCUAAACCAAUAAACAGUGGAAUUAAGAGCCUUGAUGAUGUUCUCCAGACCAUCGAAGCUGCAGUAGCUAAAGACGGCGACACAUUUGAUGUCACAGUGUCCCGGCACAACAUGGUGGAGAGAGGGCUCGCUCAGUGGCAGAGGCAAAAGAAGUCAUCUCCACUGAAUCCUCUGAGAGUGGUGUUUUUGGACGAGGCUGGGAUCGACACAGGGGCGCUCCGCAAAGAGUUUCUAACAGGAAUGAUAGAAGGCAUCGAGAAGCGUUUCUUCGAGGGGAGCAGGCAUGGCAAGAGGCCCAAGUAUUCACUGUGUGAUUUGGACAAAGGUCACUUUAAGACUGUAGGAGAAAUAAUGGCUGUUAGUCUGGCCCAAGGUGGACCCACUCCAAAUUUUCUUACCUUAUGGUGCUACGAGUUCCUGUGCAGUGGGUCUCUGGAUUUGAAAAAUGUGGACAAAACUGAUUUGGGAGACGAUCAAUACGCUAAUCUCAUUUCAAAAGUGGAGUCGGCUUCAAAGUUCACAAUUACAGACCUCACAGAAGACAUCGUGAGCUGUGGGUACACAGGAGCUGUCAGCUUGGAGAAGAAGCAGGAAAUAACCCGAGCUGUUAUUCUCCACGCUAUGCUGAAGCUUGUCCCCAUACUGCAACAGAUAAGGAAAGGUCUUCAGCUGUAUGGCCUCUGUGAUCUCAUGAGCAAAUACCCGAAAAUCUGCCAGCCUCUUUUCGUCCCUGGAGUAGAGAUGACUGCUGAUGCAGACUUUGUCAUGUCGGUUUGCCAGGCACAGUUUAGCGUGAAGGGCUCAUAUAAGGAACAAAGGGAAGUCACCUUGAUGAACCAUCUCCAAGACCUACUCCAGGAACUGGAGCAAAAUGAGAACCCGCCUGGGCUGCAAGAAGCUGCUCUGCCCUCCAUGACACCAAGAACAUUCCUUCAGUGGGUGACCGGGCAGGGACACAUUCCUAUUCUGGCACGGGAGAAGGCCAGAUUCAGGAUAACAGUGGCAUUUAAUCAUCACUGUGAUGUAGAUUACAGUGAGCACACAGUAUGCUACCCAACUGUGGCAGCAUGCAGCAGCACUAUCACACUACCUGUUAAACACAUGUUAACGUAUGAAAACUUCAAAUGGAUCAUGGUGGAAGCGUUCUGUCUGGGCCAGGAAUUUCAUAAAAUUUAACUGCACUCUUAAAAAAGAUGUUUCUUCAAGGGUUCUCUAGACUAUAUAUAGAACCUUGGACACUCAAAGAACUGUUUGCAUGCUUAAAGGGUUCUCUG